AAAAGAGUUCUUUACUUUAACCUAAGCUAUCUCAUCUUUCUCUCUUUCUUUGUAAAAUGACUGUCGGCUUAGCUAGUCACUUUGCCGGUGUAUCCCUUGACCCUAAUGAUUUAAAGGCCCAGCAAAAGGCCCUCGACCUUGUCCUCCAGGAUUUUGAUGUCUCGGCCGAGCGCAUGGGAGCUAUUGUGGACCAGUUCAAUUCUGAAAUGCGUAAAGGUCUCGCGGCUCCAAAGGCAACCGUUGCUAUGAUUCCUAGUUUUGUUACCGGUAAACCUACUGGCGAGGAAACCGGACGUUAUCUGGCUCUCGAUCUUGGAGGCACCAACCUACGCGUCUGUGAAUUCUCCCUGCUGGGUCAGGGUGAAUACAAGGUCCACCAACAGAAAUACGUAAUUUCAGAUGAGCUCAAGACAGGCGAUAUGCGAAACCUGUGCGACUUUAUUGCAGACUGUGUUGACAACUUUGUGACCGAGAACGGGUCCGAUAGUCUCGAAAGCAACCUCCAGCUUGGCUUUACCUUUUCAUUCCCUGUUCUCCAGACUGAGAUUAACCGCGGUACAUUGAUUCAGUGGACCAAGGGAUUCAACUGCACAAAUGCUGUUGGUAAGGAUGUCGUUGUCCUUUUGCAAGACGCCUUCCUCCGCAAGAACGUGAAUGUGCACAUUGCUGCCCUUGUGAACGAUACCGUCGGUACCCUUAUGGCCCACGCCUACAAGUAUCCAGAAACAAGCAUGGGUGUAAUCUUGGGAACAGGAACCAACGCCGCUUACUAUGAGAAGCUAAACUCUAUCAAGAAGUGGGAAGGUGGUGCUGUUGCUUUCGACGAUAUGGUUGUUAACAUGGAAUGGGGAGCGUUUGACAACGAGAGACGUGUUCUGCCCUUAACCAUCUACGACAACAAGCUUGACCGUGAGUCUAUCAAUCCCCGCCAGCAGAUCUUUGAAAAGAUGAUUUCGGGUAUGUAUCUUGGUGAGAUUGCUCGCAAUGCUUUGUUGCAGCUUGUCGAUCGUCUCUUGCUAUUCAAGGGUGUGUCUUCGCCCGAGUUGAACAAGCAAUGGUGCUUCGAGACCGCAUACAUGUCAGCAAUCAGCAGUGAUACAUCUGAAGAUCUCGAGGAGACACAACACAUUUUGGAAGCAGUCAUGCAGAUUCCCUCAACAUCGCUCAUGGAUCGUGAGAUGGUUAAGCAAGUGUGUAUCGCAGUCGGUCGCCGUGCUGCCCGUCUUUCUGCAUGCGGUAUUGCUGCCGUUAUUUCCCAGCAGGGUUCUAUCGGCCAGGACACCCUUGUGGCCAUUGAUGGUUCCGUUUACGAAUUCUAUCCCAACUUUGAAAAUGACAUGACCCAGGGACUCACAGAUUUGUUUGGUGAGAAGGACGGUAGCUGUGUCAGAUUCGCAUUGGCACGGGAUGGCUCUGGUCUUGGUGCUGCUAUCAUUGCAAUGAUGUCCCAUAAGGCUGCUAAGCUCAAGGCAGGAUCCCUUUAAGUAGCAAAUAAGCACAUCAUAUUCUUUAUUUUAUUCUAUCUUCUAUUCUAUUCCUCCAUUCUGGACUUAGUAAACACUCCAUUGUUGUACAGAACUCAUUAAAUACUAUACAUUUAUCUCAACCACCUUUAUUGACUCUCUUUACACCAACAAAACAACAG